AUCUAAUCCGGCCCAGUAAAGUCUGAGUGACUCGCCUGCACACCAUUCUGCACCGCCCCCAACACGCUCUUCGUUCCCCUCAGUGCUCUUUGCAUUGCUCGCUUAUCGGUCUUCUCUUUGAGGUUUUGCAGAAUCAAUCUAUCUACAAUGGGUAAAGCUAAAACGGGACCCAAAUUUGCGGUUAUGAAGAAGCUUGUCACUUCUAAAGCAAUCAAAAGCCAUAAAGAAGCGGUUUUAAACCCUGAAAAGAAGAACACUCUUAAAGAUAAAUUGCCCAGAAACGUUCCUAGUCAUUCUUCGGCGCUUUUCUUUCAAUACAAUACCGCUUUAGGACCCCCAUAUCGUGUUUUGGUGGAUACUAACUUCAUCAAUUUCUCCAUCCAGAAUAAAUUGGAUCUGGAGAAAGGAAUGAUGGACUGCUUAUAUGCAAAAUGUACCCCGUGUAUCACAGACUGUGUGAUGGCAGAACUUGAGAAGUUGGGCCAAAAGUAUCGUGUAGCUCUAAGGAUUGCAAAGGAUCCUCGAUUUGAGAGAUUACUCUGUACUCAUAAGGGGACCUAUGCCGAUGAUUGUCUUGUUGAGAGAGUUACUCAGCAUAAGUGUUUCAUUGUCGCAACAUGUGAUCGUGACUUGAAGAGGAGAAUCCGGAAGAUUCCUGGUGUGCCAAUAAUGUACAUCACUAAACACAGAUACUCAAUCGAGCGGUUGCCAGAAGCAACAAUGGGUGGAGCACCUAGAAUUUGAUGAAGUAAAACAGGAAAGCACACCAAUAAUCUUGACACUCCUUUCUGGGUUUAGAAGUUACAUAUAUGCAUGUUUAGUUCUUUAGAUGGCUGGAUAGGAAUCUCCUAGAAGCUUGACACUGAUCAAGAAGCAACUCUGCAAUGGUUGAUCCGUUAAAUUUCUGCAGUGUAACUUGGUCGAUUUUGGGUGCUGUCAAACUUUUUUGUUUUUUUCCCUCGUGUUGCGUCACUAAUGUAAAACCUUGGAGAGUGCCUAAAUUAUAAUUAUUUUCAAAUGAACACUCUGAUUAAUACAUGUAUAUUACUCUUAGUUUACUAUUUUUUUGCAUGAAUUAUAAUAUUCAAGAGAAUUUAUUAACAAUACUA